AUCAUGGCGCCGCCCAUGCAGAAAGCUUCUGACAAUAUUUGGGACCAAGUUUUGUCUCUUUUAUUCGAACAGUCACCUCUUAAAAAUAACGAGGAGAAUUUAAAAAGGAAUACGGUGAUAUAUCGUAGAAGCAAACGACUUCGAAAUGGCGAUGCGAUCAUCCCACGUGGCCGACUAUCUGAUGUAUCUUCGGAGACUUGGCAGCACAUAUAUUCUGAGAUUGAGACAAGAAGUAAAACAUGGUCAACACCUGUGACUUGUGGUCAACCAACAAAGGAAGCUGUGGCAGUUUUUCACCUUCAACGUCCUCAUGCCUUUCAACAUGUUUUAAAGUUAGUUCAGACGCAGGGUAACCAGUAUGGAUUAAUAUCAGACAGACAGGGCGACAACAUAUUUCUCAACUGUAGUCAUAUCAACACACAGCAGAACAAAUCUCUUGAUCACCUUGAACACGUCCGAGAAAUUAUUUUAUUAGAUCACAUCAUGAAAUUAUUGACUGCCACUGGGUACUCUGUAGCAGGCAUUAUUUCAGACUCUAAUCAAUGGGAUGCAGAGUUACUUCAGAUGUUGAAUGCGACACACAUUUCCGAGAAAAUUGUUGAUGCUUCUUUGCCAUGCGGGUCAUCUGUAGUGCAAUCAACCUUGUGUCAGGCAGCCAAGAAGUCUAAUUUCCGGCAUCACUUUCCCACAGACAGUGCAGUCACACCAAAUAAAGAUGAUUCUGUACAAAACCAUAUAGUUUUAGACUUAAAAAAUUACUUAGAUUCUGAAGAAGGAAAAUGUGAGAGAAUUAAAGGAUUUGAUAAAAAUCUUCAUUUAGUGAAAGUCACUGAAGGUGAUGACCCAACACUUCUAAUGUUACGGGUGUCUCAACUUGACUCCUGUUCUAAAGUUCUACAACAAAAGGAGGAUCAGCCUGUUAGGUGUUGUCUUCAUCUUGUGCCAUCUUCUGCAAUUUAUGUCCAGCAACAAAUCCAUCUCGUUUGGAAAAUCCUGUCAGAGAACUGUAAACAAUUACAACAGGCACAGGUUGUGUUUGGUGGUACCACCAAGAGAAAAUCUCCCAAAGAACCUAUUGAUUGCGUAACAGCUGAAGAAUACGUCAGGCUUCGAAAGCUACAGAUGGAAAAUGCUGCAGCAUUGAAAUAUGGGGAUGAUGUGAGCAAAGGCAUUGAAUGGGACCACAUGAUAAAGAAUCUGACUGAAGCUUGCAUGAAAUUCGAAAUUCUCAGCACUAACUGCCGUAACCCACUCAAGUUAGACCUGUCUGAUACGUCCAAAAAUAUGGAAGAUCAUGUUGACAAUUGUGGUGGCCCUUUUGUCAUGUAUAAUUGUGCUCGUCUAGCAAUGCUUUUUCGGAAAUUUGACGAAGAUGUUAAAAACGGUAUCUACCCUAGUCUGCCUAACUUGUCGCAGUGUGAUAUGAGUCUUCUUAAACUUGAGGAAGAAUGGACACUUCUUUAUAAUUUUGUGGAACCAUACCCCAGUUUAGUACAGAGCACUGUCCCUACCAUCGGAGAUUGUUUAUAUUUAAAUAUUCAAACUCAUAAGGUUACUGGUUUUUUGGUGUCAUUAAGUCACUGCUUAAGUUCCUACUACAGUCGAGUUCAUGUUCUUGGCGAGCCACGUCGACAUCUUUUACCUUUGAUGUACGCUCGAUUACAUCUUCUUACUGCUGUUCACCAAGUCAUGUUAAAUGGCCUGCAACUGCUCAACAUUGAACCAGCUUCACAACUGUAACAUUUGGCAGAAAAUCCAACAGAUUGUGUAUGUGUGUAUGUGUGUGUGUAUGUGUGUGUGUGUGUGCGUGUGUGUGUGUGUGUGUGAACCUGCAUGUGUGUGUGUAUGCAAAUAUCUUUCUUACUCUCUCUGCUUGAGAGUCUAUUUAU